AUGUACAUCGUCUCUCCAGGUACAUACAUCCUCUCUCCUGGUACAUACAUUCUCUCUCCAGGUACAUUCACCAUCUCUAAAAGUACAUACAGCCUCUCUCCAGGUACAUACACCAUCUCUCCAGGUAUGUACAUCCUCUCUCCAGGUACAUACACCCUCUCUCCAGGUACAUACAUCCUCUCUCCAGGU